UCUUAAUUAGCUAGUAGUAGUUGAUGGCGGCACCAAGGGUGUACUGUAGUGGCGUCCUCACCAUUAGCCUGCUGCUGGCCGCCGUCGUUGGCGCAGUAGUGCCAUCUCUUGUGCUGGUGACUGACGACCGUACCGGUGGCUUGUCGCUGGACUUUCACGCGGCGUCGUGUCCGCAGCUGGAAGGCAUCGUGCGCGGCGCCGUGCAGGCCGAGCGAGGCCAGGACGUUCAGGUCACCGCCGGCCUCCUGCGCAUCUUCUUCCAUGACUGCCUCCCGCAGGUUGUUCUUCAAUUCAUAGAUACCUACUAGUCUGUGAUUACAGACUAACUAACUCAUCGAUGCUAGCUAACCUCUCUUUUUUUUCGUAAAUAAUAAAAAUAAAACUAGGGGUGCGACGCGUCCAUCCUUCUGGACGGCGAGAAGACCUUUGGGCCGAACGCUUCUCUGCAG